CACCAUUCAACCUUCAAGAGGUGCAGGAACAUUCAGACAUGCCGGCAGACCUCUUCAACGUCGAGAAACAGCUUGUCUUUUAUGGCGCGUACCACUCGAAUAAAGUCAAUGUCCGGAUACAUAUGGUUUGUGUGCCGAUAUUAAUCUGGACGUUCCAAAUCAUGCUGGCUUCACUCCCAACACCGUCAUUCUUCCCUGAAUGCCAACAUGACUUCAACUCUGUGCUUUCGUUCAAGUUCAACUGGGCUACUGUACAGGCCCUUCUGUACUUUGCGUACUACUUCACGCUGUUGCCAUCCGCCACUUUAUUAUAUGCCCCGCAGUCUGUAAUUUCACUUCUAUCGGCGAUUGCCGUGGCGCACGACCAGUCGAACGUAGUAAAGGCACUUGCAUUGCACGUUGUAUGCUGGCUGGCGCAGUUCUAUGGACAUGGUGUGCAUGAACGUCGGGCUCCUGCGCUGCUUGACAACCUCAUUGGCGGUAUGUCAUGCCGCAUGUCGCAAUUUGAGUGCUUAUUUACUUUGUUUGCAUUGACAGCCGUUGUACUUGCGCCCUUCUUUGUCCACCUCGAACUUCUCUUCGAACUUGGCUAUUUCCCCACCCUGCAUCGUAACAUGAAGAAUGGUAUCGGGAAAGAGGUCUUAAAGUUCAGGACAUCCGAGGCACAGAAGAAACGUGCCUCAUGAAGCCCGUCGAAUAGAGGCUGCAUUAUGUUCGGAAGACUUUUGCGCACAUUGAUCAUUUUGGAUAAUGCAUUCCAUAAUACACCACCACGACUCUGUACCCAUUUGCAAUUAUAACUACUGUAUUCUCAUGUAUAUUUUGUCUGAAUGUAACUACGUCUUUCCGCCCGCGAACGUUGGCGUUUUGUCUUCGUCAAAUAUCCAAAGCAAUAGAUGGGGCAUUCAUAAGUCUCUGUAAGUAGUCGUUUAGAACCAGUCGUUGUUCGUCGUGAGCCCUGACGCAAGCGCGUGUGACGUUUAUUGCAAGGCAGGCCGACGAGAAUAUUAACGUCUCAGAACGAGUAAUGUUACUGUCAUUCAAUCCAAUAAAAAUAAAUCUCCUUUAUUCGAUAUUUAUGCGUCACUUUUUCUUCCUUCUAUCAGCCUCAACGACAUAAAAGCCAUCCCUCGUCACCUUCGCAUGUCGUAACAAAGCCUUCCCAUGCUCAACCUCCGGAUCGUCAAACUCCACUUCUCGAGUAUUUGAGGACAACUUCAUUCCUUUCCCUGCUUCCCAUAUCCUUCCGUCCGGUAUCACACUCGUACUCUCACCCUCACCCAUAGUCUCAUUCCUAUCACCAUGUUCACCAGUCUGAUCCUCAGGAACUUGCCGAAGACCAGCAGAGGAACCAGAGGAGGUAUCGACAAGCCUAACAGCUUCCACGAGCCUCACCAUCUCUUCCAACUCUUCUCUCAGCCUCUCGGCUUUCUCGGAUCCUUCUUCGGGCGGGACAAGAGCAGAGAGCUUGUGUAGUUUUAUCAGCUCUGCGUGAGUGAGGCGUGGACGUGGGUAGGACGCGAGGAGUGCGUGGACGGACCACGUUGGUUUUGUUGGAAUCGGGUCGACGUCUGAUGGAUUGGACUUGUUGGAAUUUGCAUGAGAAGAGGAGAGAGAAAAGA